UCCUCCUGGGCAUGAAGCACGCUGUAGGAUGAAGCUGUUACCGUAAAGCAGUGUGUAUAAGAGCAGCUGGAUUACUGCAUGCGGUGUUAGAGCUGGAGCACACCUGUCCUCAGCCCCGCAGCUGCACCGCACUCAACAUGGGCUCCACACAGUCUGAACUGCGCCAACACCAGCUCCAGGAUCUCUCCGAUAAAACCGGCUUUUCUCCGGAGCAGAUCGGAAACCUGCACAAGCGAUUUAAGAACCUGACCAACAACGGGGACACCUUAAGCCGAGAUGACCUGGAGAACAUCAGCGAUUUGACCUUCAACCCCAUUAGGAGCCAAAUCAUCGAUGCCUUCUUCGACAAAAGGAAUUUCAGGCAGGACGAGGUGGGCACUGCGGAGGAGAUCAACUUUGAGGAGUUCCUGACCGUCAUGUCACACUUCAGGCCACUGAAACAGAACCUGACCCAGGAGGACAAAGAGAAGAUAAGAAGAGAGAAACUGCGCUUUCUCUUCAACAUGCACGAUAAAGACAAUGACGGCUUCAUCACUCUGGACGAAUACAGACAGCUUGUAGAAGAUCUGCUCUCCAAAGCUGCUAUAGAAGGAGAAACAACCAAGUCCAUCGCUGACGCUGCAAUGCUCGAGGUGGCGAGUGUCACCAUGGGUCAGAUGGCUCCUGAUGAGGUUUACGAGGGAAUCACGUUCGAACAUUUCCUUAAGAUUUUAAAAGGCGUGGAGAUCGAAUCCAAGAUGCACAUCCGCUUUUGGAACAUGGACACGACGACGCUGAGCUGCAGAAAGUAAAACGUUUCCCCUCGUCCUCGUCGCUGCCAGACGUCCACAUCACACCCUGACCUUUCUUACUUCCUCUCCAAACUUUCCAGUGCUGCUGCUGCACGGGCGACACCUGAACGGGUUGGACGAGAUGGGCGGCAUUUCUCUAAACAUACCUUUCAUCUGACGUGUGAGACAUGCAUGCGGGUGUUGAGUGAAACGCUCAGCUGAAACGGGAGACCGUUCGGGGGAUAAUUUAUUAAUCCCUUUGGCCUUAGCUAUUUUGGGUGCCUUUGAGUAGAGGUUAAAUGCUGCACCCACUUAAAAAAUUUUUUUAUUAGCAACACACACACACACACACCAAAAUGGCAGCAUUUCAAUUCUAUUCAUUUGUAUAGCACUUUUAACAAUGCACACUGUCUCAAAGCAGCUUUUCAGAAGUAUAGACACGUAGAAAAAUGAUAAAGUUACUAUUUAUCCCUAAUGAUCAAGCCUGAGGUGACGCUGGUGAGGAAAAACUCCCUUUGAGGAACCAGUCUCAGAAAGGAACCUCAUCCUCAUUUGGUUACACCAGAGAGUAAAUAAUGUCCUUUCUUCAAACAUGCAAUUGUGCAACCAAGAGCUCCUGAGGAACUGAUAGGUCACUAUAUUGCCAAAUGUUUUGGGACACCCCUCCAAAUCAUUGUGUUCAGGGGUUGGACUCGGUCCUUUAGUUCCAGUGAAAGGAACUCUUAAUGCUUCAGCUUCAUACCGAGACAUUUUGGACAAUUUCAUGCUCCCAACUUUGUGGGAACAGUUUGGGGAUGACCCCUUCCUGUUCCAACAUGGUCCAUAAACAUGGACCCCUUCCUGUUCCUGUUCCAACAAGGUCCAUAAAGACAUGUAUGAGUGAGUUUGGUAUGGAGGAACUUCACAGAGUCCUGACCUCAACCUGAUAGAACACCUUUGGGAUGAAUUAGAGCGGAGACUGUGAGCGAGGCGUUCUCGUCCAACAUCAGUGCCUGACCUCACAAAUGGCUUCUAGAGGAAUGGUCAAAAAUUCCCAUAAACACACUCCUAAACCUUGUGGAAAGCCUUCCCAGAAGAGUUGAAGCUGUUAUAGCUGCAAAAGGCGGGACAACUCCAUAUUACAUUCAUGUGUAUGUAAAGGCAGGUGUCCCAAAACUUUUGGCAAUGUAGUGUAGCACUAAUUCCUUGACUGGUGUUGAGUGUUUUCUUCUUUAGUUUAGCGAUAAAAGGUUAAUGUACAGUAGAUAACAGGUAAUGGAAGUCAAUGUCACUUUAAAUAUCUUCUAUACAUAUCUGACUCAAACCACAUCCAGUUAUUCAAGUGGCUUCAAAAAAAAAAAACAACAGCUCCUGUUGAAACAAUGAACUUCCCGGUGUUCCCGGUCUGCAGUGGUCAGUAUCUAUCAAAAGUGGUCCAAGGAAGGAACAGUGGUGAACCGGCGACAGGAUCAUGGGCGGCCAAGGGUCAUUGAUGUACGUGGGGAGAGAAGGCUGACCCGUGUGAUCCGAUCUAACAGACGAGCUACUGUUGAUCAAACUGCUGAUGAAGUUAAUGCUGGUUCUGAUAGAAAGGGGUCAGAAUACACAGUCAGGGCUGUUUUGGCAGAAGACCAACACAAUAUUAGGCAGGUGGUCAUAAUGUUAUGCCUGGUCAGAGUAUUAGCACGCAGUGUAAUGCUUUGUGAAAGAAUUGAAUGAGAUUUUUCCUCAGGAACUCUUUUGUAAAUCCAGCGAUCCCAUACAGCGUCACAAGUCCGAGUUUCGUCCCUGAGAACCUUAGGAACCUCCUCCUGAACCUUCAACACAAUCGUGUAAAAUCUUCCCUACCAGCGUAAACAUUGUUCCUCGCUUCAGUUCUGUUUUUAUUUCCUUUUUUUGUUCCUUAUGUGUGAAGUGACUGUAUGCACUGGAAAUAAAUGAAAUAAUAAAA